AUAAGUGUAUUACUGUAGAAAUAUAUUUUUAAAAAAUCGGAAAACUUCAAACUACAUCUCAUUUAAUGGUAAUAUUCUUAUCAGUUUACGAACGUAUAUAAAGUUCGACAGUGAAGAGAAGUUACUGAGAUUUUAUUAAAGUGUGUGUUCGACACUUUGAGAUGAUCAUAAUAUUUUGGAAAAAUUAUAUUUAAAAGUUCUUUAAUCUUUAAGCAAAUUUCUUCAAAACCAUUCAAUAUUUUAAUUGAAUUAAUAUAUUUAGAAAAUUUAUCGUGUAAAUCACUACUAAAAUAAAAAUGUAUAUUUUUACAAAUACUUUUAUAUUAUUAUUGUUAGGAGUGUCUUACAUUGUGGCUAUAGAAUCUCCAACAUUUAGCAACACUUAUACAGUAAAGGGAACUUUAUAUAUUCCAUAUGCAGAAAUCCGUGAACCAUUUUAUGCAUGGUAUGAUGGCACACGUGGAUCUAGUAGAAUAGAUUAUUAUGGAGGAAUGGUGAAGACUUUCCAAUUAUCUCACAAAGGAGAAUAUGGGAAAAGUAUAAAAAUUGCUCCAAUUACCACAGAAUCUACUACUAAUGAAGAAACAUGUCUUGAAGUAAAUGGUACUAAAGAAAUAAAAAUACAACCUCAAGUUAUUAUACCAGAUACAACUAGUAUGCAGUGUAUUGGAGAGGAAAUAGUUAAUGGAUUAUUAUGUGAAAAAUGGAGAUUGGAACAACAGAUUGAUGAAAAAAUAAAUAAGUAUACUCUUUGGAUAAGAUAUAAAAAAUCUCCACAUUUACCUAAUUUUAAAGAACCAAUUCCUGUGAGAUAUGAAAUGAGAGGAUUUAAUAGUCUUUUGGGUUCUCACUAUGAUCAUUACUAUUUAGAUUAUGAUUGGUACUCAUCUGAUAUUCCUAGCUCAGAAGUAUUUGAAAUUACAACAAAUAUGACAUGUAUUGGUUUUCCUGGACCUGGAGACAAACAUAUAUAUACAUUUAAUCCUAUGCGUGAAUUUGUUCAUAAUUAUGAUACACAUGUAAAUGAGGCAUUUGAAGAUUUCAAAAAAAUUCAUAACAAAAAAUAUAAGAAUCAUACAGAUCAACUGAUGCGUAAAGAAGUAUUUAGACAAAAUUUAAGAUUUAUACAUUCAAUUAAUCGAGCUAAUAAAGGCUACCAAUUAAAUGUUAAUCAUUUGGUAGAUCAUACUGAAUUAGAAUUAAAAGCUUUACGUGGCAAACAAUAUAGUAAAGGUUAUAAUGGAGGACAACUUUUUCCUUAUAAUGUUGAACAAGAAAUAACAAGUAUCCCAGAUAAUUUAGAUUGGAGGCUUUAUGGUGCUGUUACUCCUGUUAAAGAUCAGUCUGUUUGUGGAUCUUGCUGGAGUUUUGGCACAACUGGUGCAGUUGAAGGCGCAUAUUUCAUAAAGUAUGGUAAAUUAGUGCGUUUGUCUCAACAGGCACUUAUUGAUUGUUCAUGGGGUUUUGGAAACAAUGGCUGUGAUGGUGGUGAAGAUUUUAGAUCGUACCAAUGGAUCAUAAAGCAUGGAGGUUUGCCUACAGAAGACGAAUAUGGUGGUUAUCUUGGACAAGAUGGUUAUUGUCAUGUAAAUAAUAUUUCAAUGAUAGCAAAAAUUACUGGUUAUGUAAACGUAACAUCAGGUGAUGCUAAUGCUUUAAAAAUUGCUAUUGCAAAGCAUGGUCCAAUUUCAGUUGCAAUCGAUGCAUCCCAUAAAACAUUUUCAUUUUAUUCUCAUGGUAUAUAUUAUGAACCAACUUGUGGUAAUACAGAAGAGUCGCUAGAUCAUGCAGUUUUAGCUGUUGGCUAUGGUAAAAUAAAUGGAAAGGAUUAUUGGUUGAUCAAAAAUUCAUGGUCAAAUUACUGGGGUAACGAUGGAUAUAUUCUUAUGUCUCAAGAAAAAAAUAAUUGUGGUGUAUUAACAACUCCAACAUAUGUUACCAUGUAAAAAAAAUAAGUAAUAUUAUUUUUAAGUUUUUAAUAUAAAAGUACAUGAAAAAAAAAUUUUUUUAAAUCACAGGUUUAUAUUUUUUUUUGAAUAUGAAAAAUUGAUAUUUUAUAAUUAUUUAGAAAUAUAAAUGUAUGCUAUAAAUGUAAAAAAAUAAAUUGUUCAAAUUAUAUAUUAUUUGAAUAAUAUGAAAUUUUAAAAAGUUUA